AUGAAGACCCCCAUGGCUGCCCUUGCUGUCCUUUUGGUGGCUGUCCUCUGCAACCAGGUCUUCUCUUCUCCAGCUUCUGUCAACUUGUCUGGUCCCUGCUGCUACCGAUACAGCAACAAAGCGCUUCCCUCGAGCCGUGUGGUGUUGUAUGAGCACACAGGCAGCCACUGCUCCCAGCCAGCUGUGAUAUUCAGCACAGCCGCGGGCAAGAAGGUCUGUGGCAAUCCUGCUGAGAAGUGGGUCCAGGACAUUGUGAAUCACCAGAAGGACAAGGCAGGCAGCAGAUGA